AUGGCUUGCAACCCACAUCUACACAAACACCGCAGCAGGCACCUCACAGCACCGCCGCACGAGAUGGGUGGCCGAAGAGGGCCCUCGACGACGGGGGCCUGUGAGACAGAUGCAGCGCAGCGCCGCGCGCACCGGCAGCGGCAGCACGUCCCCGGCGGAGACUCCCUGCGCGAGGCGGUUCGGGUGCGGGCGACGACGCCACCCACGCCGCUGGUUGGCCGUCGCGGACAGCAUCCCGGGCCGCCUUGCAUCGAGGGCCACCGGCGAGCCGACUGCUUUUGCGACAGCCGCGCCAGGCUCGCCAGCCGCCCUCCAUCUCGAAGCCCGUCGGUCCGCGCACUCUCGCCUACAACUCGAUCCUUUAGCAGCAGACGGGGAGCCAUCCGGGAACCGCACGUCUCGCGCCUCAGCCAUCGAUUUGGCCUCCCGGGCUCUCCUGAACGUUUAGCGCCCACCUCGCGCCCUCUCGCGCGCUGGCGCUUACGCCUGUGAUCUGCUUGUAGCACGACGAAGCCGCGAGGCAGUGCAGCGACGCGCCCAACUCUCUCCAGCGGGUGGAAAUUGCCUGAGGGCCCUCAGAGGCGUUUCACGGCCUGCUCAGGUGCCUCUCUUCUAGGGCUGCCACGCCGUCGCCCACUUUUCAUCGCCUCCCACGCCGCCCAGAACUUGGCCUAUCCGACGGCCCGCUCUCUCCACACGCCAGCGACCCUUUAAGCUUCCUCCAGAUCCCGCCUCUGUUCGCU